CUCCCACGCGACCCCACCAUGUCCCUGCAGUUGAUUCGCAGCUACAUCGCCCUCAUCUUCUGGUCGCCAUUCCAGUUUCUGCGCGUCAUACUCGUCCGACUGCGCAAAGGACUCACGAACACAUCAGAUUACACAAUGCCGCCGCCAAAAUUCUACCACGACGAUGAGGCCUGGGCAGACGUCGAGCCGCUGCCGCAAGACGACGGCGGCAUGCACCCGCUCGCAGCAAUCGCAUACACCCAGGAGUACAGUGAGGCAAUGGGCUACUUGCGCGCGGUCAUGGCGAACAACGAAUUCAGCGAGAGAGGCCUUGGGCUCACAGAGCACAUCAUCAACAUGAACCCGGCGCACUACACUGUCUGGCUGUACCGCGCAAAGACAAUAUCAGAGCUCAAAAAGCCUCUCGAGGACGAGAUCAAGUGGCUCAAUCCGACCGCGCUUAAGCACCUGAAGAACUACCAGAUUUGGCACCACCGCCAGACCAUCAUCGAUGCGCUUGGCUCGCCAGAGGGAGAAGGGGACUUUGUCGCUCAAAUGCUCGAGAAGGACGAGAAGAACUACCACGUGUGGAGCUACAGGCAGUGGCUAGUCAAGCGCUUCAAUCUGUUCGACAAGCCGGAGGAGCUCAAGUGGACUGAGAGUAUGAUCGAGGCGGACGUCAGGAACAAUUCAGCGUGGAACCAUCGCUACUACCUGGUUAUCGGCAGUCGCGAGGGACAUGCACCGAGUCAAGAAAUUGUCCAGCGUGAGAUCGAAUAUACCAAGCAGGCCAUUCGCAAAGCACCGCAGAACCAGGCUCCAUGGAACUAUCUGACGGGUAUCCUCCGUGCCGGCCAGCAGCCAAAGUCGGCCGUCAAAAGCUUCGCAGCCGAGUUCGCGGAUAUCGAGUCACCCGAUGAGGUCUAUUCCAGUCAUGCGCUUGACUUGCUGGCUGACAUCUACGCCGAGGAAGAAAACAACAAGGAGUCAGCUGUGAAGGCAUUGGAUCUGCUGGCGACCAGAUACGACCCCAUCAGGGCGAACUACUGGAAUUACAGGAAGAGUCUGCUGAACCAGCCAGAGGUCGCAGCUUGAGCUUUGCGUUAGCGAGUCAGAGCGAGGCUGUUGCAUGCUGAUCUUGCCGCGGGAAGGGUUGAGAUACCGCGGGUCGUCAUGCGAUAAGAUGUUGCACCUAGUCGUCCGGUUGGGGUCCCGGAUCCAGAGAAGUGUGCAGAUGGACACCAACACGUGCGGCUCCGCAUGAUCUGCAGCGAGGACGCAUGUCACGUUUUCAAGGAC